CCCCACUAUAUAUAUGCAUCUCCUUGCCAAGGCUUUACUCUUUUCGUCCAUUCUUGUCUCCACUACAGAGAAACGGCGAAACUUAUCGUAGAAGAUGGUUCAGAGACUUACAUAUCGAAAGCGGCACAGUUAUGCCACCAAAUCCAAUCAACACAGGAUUGUCAAAACUCCGGGUGGAAAGCUAAUUUACCAGACCACCAAGAAGAGAGCCAGCGGCCCUAAAUGUCCAGUUACUGGAAAGAGAAUCCAAGGGAUUCCACAUUUGAGACCUGCUGAAUAUAAGAGAUCCAGAUUGCCAAGAAACCGCAGGACUGUGAACCGUGCUUAUGGAGGUGUGCUAUCUGGAAGUGCUGUAAGGGAGAGAAUCAUCCGGGCUUUCUUAGUUGAAGAACAAAAAAUUGUGAAAAAAGUGUUGAAGAUUCAGAAGGCAAAGGAAAAAUUAGCUUCAAAGAGCUGAAUGUAGAGACCCUGGAGUCCGUCACUUCUAUUAUGUUUUAAGAUAACUUAGCUUUGAUGACGAUGAAUAUGUGUGAAAGAACUUGAUGAAAUGCAAGUACUAGAUUUCAUUCAGAAUUUAAGCUCUAGUAUGGUUUUGCAAACUCCUUUUUGGAACUAGUGCCAACUGACUGGAUGAGGUUGUUUCCUCUUUCCGGUAAAAUGAUACUUUAAUGCAUGAUUACUCCAGUUCACUUUA